UGUCACCAUUACCAUUAUCAUCACCAUCACCACCAUCACCAUUGUCACCAUCACCACCAUCAUCAUCAUCAGCACCAUCACCACCAUGAUCACCAUCACCAUCGUCACCAUCAUCACCAUCAUCACCACCAUCAUCACCAUCACUAUCACCAUCGUCACCACCAUCAUCACCAUCACCAUCACCAUCGUCACCACUAUCACCAUCACCAUCAUCACCAUUGUCACCAUUACCAUUAUCAUCACCAUCAUCACCAUCAUCAUUGUCACCACCAUCAUCACCACCAUCACCACCAUCACCAUCACCAUCGUCACCACUAUCAUCACCAUCAUCACCAUCACUAUCAUCACCAUCAUCAUCAUCACCACCAUCAUCACCAUCAUCACCACCAUCACCGCCAUCACCAUCACCACCAUCAUCAUUGUCACCAUCACCACCAUCACCACCAUCAUCACCAUCACCAUCAUCACCACCAUCACCACCAUCAUCACCAUCACCAUCAUCACCAUUGUCACCAUUACCGUUUUCAUCACCAUAAUCACCAUCAUCAUUGUCACCACCAUCACCACCACCAUCACCACCAUCACCAUCACCAUCGUCACCACUAUCAUCAUCACCAUCAUCACCAUCACUAUCAUCACCAUCAUCAUCAUCAUCACCACCACCGUCACCACCAUCAUCAUCAUCACCAUCAUCACCGUCACCAUCGUCAUCACCGUCAUCACCAUCACCACCAUUACCAUCAUCACCAUCACCAUCACCAUCAUCACCAUCAUCACCGUCACCAUCAUCACCAUUGUCACCACCAUCAUCAUCAUCACCAUCAUCACCAUCAUCACCACCAUCAGCAUCAUCAGCAUCAUCAGCAUCAUCACCAUCAUCACCAUCACCACCAUCACCAUCACCACCAUCACCAUCAUCAUUGUCACCACCUUCACCAUCAUCAUCAUCAUCAUCACCACUGUGUAGUGUCCCCAUUGCCACAAACACCCUUAUUGUUGUCACUUGCAUAAUGUCACCUUGAGCCAGCCACCAUCCUAAAUGUUUACACAUAUUCACUCAUUUAAAACUCACAGAAGCCUGGGAAGGACGAUGCUGCCCUUAUCCUCGUGUUACAGGUGAGACUGAGCACUGAGAGGUUAAUAAAGCGCCCAGGCCCUCCAUCUGGGAGCUGUGGAGAUGGGCUUGGGUGCUGCUAUUCCUGCCUAUGACCAUUAGGCUGGGCCUACAUUUUCUCUUCAGCAAGAUGGCCCUGGAGGUGCCGUCUGAGGACAGAAGAUGAGGACAAACAGCAGGUACAAGGCUGCCGGACCCCAACCCUGGGACUGCGUGCAGAAGAGGAAAGGGGCCGCUGGGCUUGGGGCAAGGGGCCCACGGCCCAGGAGGACAGUCUCGCAGACAGGGCUCUGCAAGGCCAGGCCGGUGAAGGGCCUGAAGACCCGUCCCACGGUGUCCCGCCUGGCCGAGGUCCUGAGAUGGCCACAGUACCGACGUUACCCGGGAGAGACAGUACCAGACGAUGCUCUGUCUCUCUGCUUGAACGACUGUACCGGGCAGAGAGGGGCCCCGGUGGAGAAGGGGCCAGUGCAGCUGUGCUGUGAUGGCAGUUUUCCUUCGGGGCGGUGGAGCAUGUGGGUGUGUGGUUCCGGGUGGUGACGACAGGGGGCCCUGGGCAGCAGGAGAGGUGACCUGAAGCCAGAAGAGGUAGUUAGUGUGUGUUGCAGGCAGUUAGUGGCCGAAGGCGGAGGGCGGCUGAUAGCCUCUGUACAGAGCAUUUACCUGUCGUCUGGCCUGGCUGUCGCUCACUUUUUCCCAUCUUGGCACACAACAGAAAACGCGAGAAUCUGCGCGUUACCUUGGGGUUAACACACAGCAGGGCCCGAGGUGGCCGGCCGGGGUCUGUCCAACGACAGGAGACCAUGCCAGCUCCAGGGCCCGCGCACUGGGGACAGACAGGGCCCAGGAUAGCUCUGGUGAUCAGGGCUGUGACGAGGAGAUGUACGGCAGAGGCCUACCCACUGGCUGGGCUUCUGGAACAGUCUGUCCUCACCUGACCGAGGCAUCUCCUUCCUCCGCUUGCUCCUCUCCAAGCGCAGACCUGCCCACCAGCCCAUCAAACCAGCAACGGAUGUCUAAAGCUGACACUUGACUUUGGGAAAGGUGCACAGGUAGAGGCGAGUAUAAAUUAGCUCCCCCCCCUUUGGGGGGACAGAUAUUUUAAAGCUCUAUUUGAAACCGUGUGUAGACUUGAAUCUCUUUAAGAUUAUUUUAAAAACCUCUAUUUUAAAAUGUGCACAGCUUUUGAUCUAGUGAUCCCAGCUUCAGAAAGAUGUCCUAAAGCCCUGUCCUCAACUGGCCUUCUUCCUCCGGGUGGAGACUUGGGGUCCUGUCCCUCCUCCCUCUCCUGGUGGAACAGGGGCUGGCGGCCACCAGGGUGUUUGGAUCUUGGUAUUCUGAUCCGUGAGAAGCUUGGCUGAGGUCUGCUCUGAUUUCUAGAAAAGUUCUGGGGUUCUAUGAUAGCGCCUGGUUCUGGGGAUGCCUCGCUAAAUAUGCUCCAGCCCACGUGAAAGCAGUAUUUCACUAUCGUCCCGGAGGACAGGUAUAAUGCAGCUAUGAACAAUGAUGGCAGGAAGUGGGGUUUUUUGAUACAAAUGCUCUGUAGGUAUGCAUAUCACCUUUUCUGUGUCAGUCGCAUUGGAAAAAAUAAAUUAUCACCAGUCAAUGUCUUAUAAUAAGAGCAAGGCACGGCUUAAUUGCUCCGGUUAAGUGGUCAUGACUUUGCCAGUGCCCAUAAAUGCCAUUACAUCAGGCCACUGAGAUGGCUCGUCUGAUGUAUUAAAUGGUGAUGGGUAGGGGAGCCACUGUGAUUUCUUUUAUGGGUUAACACCUACGGUGAAAAGGCCUGAAUGGUUGGAUGUGGUCUCAGGUACGGUUCCUCAAUAAGGAAAGACAGAGAAAGGAUAGGGACGGCCCCCGGCGUGAAAACAGCAGAACAUAUGGGUGUCUUCUGGAGGGGAGCUUCGUAACGAUUAUGACGCCCUGGGGAUAAGCGGACGGUUUUUGGCCGUCUCCCCUUCCUGUUAUGUGUCACACAGAAGGUUUUAGAUAUUUCCCUUCUAGAAGCAUAGACCCAUGGUCCAAAAUAUUCCUUCCCAGAUGGCCUGAUGAUUUGCAGGAGACAAUACAUUUACUCAUCCAACACGUAUUGUCUAAGAACCCAGGCUGUGCCAGAUGCCCCUCUGAGAUGCCGAGGUGGCAAACCAACGUCCCCUCCCUCGGGGAGCUUACGUUUUAGAGGACAGUAAGGUGGCUGUUCUGUUCGGAUGUGAGUUGUGCUUUCAUGGCCACAAGGAAGCGCCACGACAGUCCCCUCACGUAGGCUGCACUGUGACGCUGGGAGGCAGGUGCCGGCUCUGGGAGCUUGGGGUUCCUUACGGCAUCCGGCACCUGGCACCCCCGUGGGUGUUCCAUGAGUGUAUGUGGUGUCCUAGGACCAGCUUUUUCCUAUAAAAAAUUCUUAAUUCUCGUUUCUGGCAAAUUCUUGAGGGCAGGAGCAGUGUCUUGUGUUUUCUCUUGUGUCUUCACGGAACCAGCUGGUUUGUGCAGGAUGGAGAUCACGCGUGCUCUGUGGGGUGUCGGGGAUAUUCCUUCUUUGCAAGAGAAGGGUUACCAUCUUUGAUUUACAUGAAGUCACCUGGAAAUCAUUCUUGAAGCACAGAAGCAAUCAGAUCAUGACCCUCUGCCAAACUAUGUCCCUAAGAAUCCAGAGAAGGCUUCAGGAAUUCCAAAGAGAGGAGAUCUGGGUUUUCCCCAGCUUUCCUUCUUUUGCACUGAAAAGUACUUCUGUCUGGGAUUUUUUUGGUAACUCACUCAAGCCGAAGAAUUCAGGAAAUUCACGGGUAGGGCCGACGUUGCCUUUCUUGUGCCUUGUGCUGUUCCCGAGGCUCCGGGUUGUCCAGAAUCUGCCCAGACCUGGCAUAUCCCGCGUUGGGCACUGGACCUUCCUGGUGUUCAGAUGAAGGGUGUGCAGGGUUGGGGAGAGGGAGGGGGGGCAGGGCACUGCUUGUACAUCGCAGGGGACCAGGACUGGAAGAUGUUGCCACAAAACGGAGGUGAGCAUCAGGCCCGUGACCCGCUGCUUAGUAUGUAACAAUGAUGCCGUUCCUUUCUGAUGACAGUGAAGAUGUCCCCCCGAGUCGCGUCCUCCCAUCUGAGACACGAGCCCAGAUAUUCCUCCCAAACAGAGCCUUCACACAGCUGCCUGUUAGCCACCAAGCCCUGGGCUGUGGUGUGGAGGUGUCUUGACCCUGCUGAGAAAAAUCUACCUUAUGGGAUCUCAACAAGGAGGACACCUAAGGGUGAUGCAAAAUGACCCCACCGCAGUUAUUCUGGGUUUUAGGUGCUAAUAUCUGAGCUCCCUGUAGCACCGGCCUUCAGUAAACUCAUGUUUCA